AUGCAAGACGCAUCCGCUUGCGGGCUCACCCCUGCAUGGACCGCCACAUUCCAGGUGGGCGUGCUGUUGGGCCCCCGCGCCGCGGCAGGCACCGUCCAUGCCCUGCUCCUUCGUACCGCAGCCCUGCUGGGGCACCGCCUGCGGGAUACUGUGGACCUGCCCGCGCUGUUGGCGGCCGCGCCAGAGGCCGCGCAGUCCAGGCUGGCGGCGGCGGCGGGCGCCUGCGACGCCUGGCGGCGCGGCUACCUGGCCACCCGGGCCGAGCUGGAGGCGGGCGGGCAGACCGGGCGCUGGGAGCACGACCGCGCCGCCCUGUUCGCAGCUGCGGGGAAGUCGCUGGCCGCCGGCGCGCAGGACCUGCUGGACACCUCGCUCACCCGCUGCCCCGGCGCGGCUGACGGCGCCCGCCUGCUGGGCAAGCUCCUGCGUGACCGGCAUGCUGGUGUAGCCCUGCUGCGGCACGUGCCGGAGAAGGUCACGGACCUGGUGCAGACUUUUGCAGCAGAGAUCCGGGUGGCUGAGCGGGAGGCGGACCGCUGGUGCGAGGGUGGGGCAGGGAACCGGACGCCCUACCCCGGCCUCUCUGCCUUGACCUCCACCUUGCUCAGGGUGAGCGUCACAAGGUCACGGCUGGAAGAAGCCGCGACAGCCAUCCAGGCCUCGGGCGAGGCUCUGACUCCAGAGGAUCAGGGCGUGAUGGCUGCCUGUGCAGCCCUCGUGCAGCGUUUGGCGCUGGCAGAGGUGGACAUCUGGCGGGACUGGGUCGAGCGUGCGGAGCGGGAGGUCGGCACGGCCAUGCGCCAGCCCCUGCUCGUCCAGCCGCCGCAGGAGGCGGCCAGCGGCUGGGCCCUUGCCAGGAUCAAGCUGCCGGAGCUGUCCGACCAUGUGCAGGCCGCGCAGCAGGCGCGGUGCCUCGGGAUCGCUGUGCCGCCCUUUCUGAGAGGGGCGGCGCUGGCACUGCCCCUCAUGCUUGAGGCGGGGCGGCGCCUCCAGGCGCUCCUGCAGCAGCUAGCCGAGAGUCGGCGCAAGCUACGGAGCCCCGAGCGGCUGCUGCUCCAGCCGGCUCUGGAGAAAGUGAGGCUGGCUCUCCUGCCAGGGACGCAGCACAUGCACUGGGGCUCCCUCUCUCUUGACGCCUUCAUCUCUUCCGUGCAGAAGGCCAUCGCAGCCUUCACCUGCACCGCCAAAGCGGUAGCCUGCGCAGCAAGCGAGAUGCGGCGGGCGCUGCGUGCCCUCCCUAGAGAGACAAACUGGCCCGGGGAAGGGACCGAUACAGGAUCGAGGGUCGUCGAUCAUGCAGCCACCAAUGCUGGACUUGGCGGGAGCGUGCGGCGGGGGGAGGAGGCUGCCGUGGCAGCAGCACAUAGCCUGCAGGCCACCCUGGUCCGGAUAGAGGAGGGCGUGCUGGGCACUAGCACCGGCUCUGCCCGGAGCAUGGCCGCUUACUAUGAGCACUGGGAGCGCAGGCUCCAGGAUGCAUUGGCAGACUGUGCCAUCUCCUGGAUAGAGGGGCUGACGAGCAGGCUGUCUGGGAGUUGCGAUGAUACCGGACGCACCAUCCAUGUCCAGGUUUGGGAUGACGAGGAUGUGGGUUGCGAAAGGGUGACGCACCAUGAGGACCUUAUGCAUGACCCAGGGAUCUUUGCAGCCACAGCCUCGUUUUCUGUCCUGCUCCAAGGCAUGGAGCGCACGGCUGAACAGUGA